UUUAAGGUUAAUUCCGUGUAAAAGUCAGUUCCUUAAACAGCGUACCUCCCUCUCAACGUCAUUUUAAAAUAGGACUCAUGACCUCAGCCACAACUUCUGCUUUCCAGAUUCUGAAAUGAACCCGGGCCAGAUCAGGGCUAGAUCCGUCCAGAAUCAGCUACUAUAUAGGAACCUCAAGUCCGUCCAUGUGAGACUGAUAUCUUGUGGUUUUCCAAGCGCCUGGUUAUUUUCUCCAUGUGUCCAACGAGCUGUGUGAGAGAGUUGAUUAUUUUCUUCUUACCUCAAAUCACAUUACCCAAAUUGUAUUAGGGUGGAAAAUAUCCAGAUAGUGAUUUGUUUAGUUGCUAACCUCAGACUUGCCGUCUCAUGUUGGUUUCGCAAGGAAUGAAUUUUACUGUAGAAUUCAACAUAAAGCCUCUAGCUACCGCACCAUAUCCAGGCAUCUACUUGAGUGACGAGGUUCAACGCUUAGGCUACGCAAAAUAAGUUGUCUUUUUCUCUUUUGAAUAUUUAGCAAAAUGCUAUGGAAUUACUGCCCAUGAAGAGAACAUGAACUUUGAAAGUGGGCAUCACAACAUGGGUUAUUUUAAUGUAUUCAUGUUUACCUAUUUCUUGCAGAUGAAUUAGAUAUUUCAUUUUGUGGACAUUAUUAUUGUGAUUCCAAAACCUCUGGGCAGCGUUCUGGAGCUCCGGGACGACGUUGUGGAUAGGCUACGCCGAAAAUCGAGAGCUGCGUAAAUUACGCUAGCUUUUGCGAGCGAUGGUGAGAGAGAGCGUGGUGUAUGUCUGUGUGUGUGUGUGACUUAGCAGCCAGAAACCCUAUGCCCUACUUUAACCGAGUGAUGCUCUGAGAGGAGGAGUAGGAACAUCCCAGAAGGCCCUCUUGUAGCGGCAGACGGAGAUGGAUGCUGCCGCGGCGGAUGCUGCUUGUUACUACUACUGCAGCGCUCGCUGCCAUUUCCAGUCGCCGCCGAAGCCCCCGCUAGCCCGUACACAGCGUGCGUGACCGAGUGGCGCUGCGACAAGAGCAGCAGCCCCGCCGCUCCGUGUCCUGUCCACUGUCGCAGGGACUUCCAGCUACCCUCGACCCCCGGUGCCCGCUUUUUAACCGCCCGCUUCUGCCUCUGUUCGCCGGGGAAAGGGGGUCCACUGCCUGCCGGAGCAUGGACCCCCUGGCCAAAACAUGCCCGUCACAGGCUGACAGAAACCCCCCGACCUUUAGCAGCCGAUCGAACGCACUCGGAGCCACCGGAGGGGAGACGAACGACCAGGGCUGCGGCAGGGACGAAGCCAUGGGGGGUGGCGAUACUUUGAGCAGCUUCGCGGUCAUGGACGAGUCGCUGGAAGACAAAUUAAAGGGUCUCGCUUUCAGGAAGCAGACUUCGUACAGGAAGGCCAUUUCACGUUCGGGGUUGCAGCACCUGACGCCGGUCCAGAACCCGGUUUUGUCGCUCAGAAAUGGGCCUGCGAAGGAGCUCAGAACCACUGUGGACUGGAGUGAGAAUGCUGUGAAUGGAGACCACCUGUGGCUGGAGACCAACUGCUCUGGAGAGCUCUGCUACCUUGGAGAGGAGACGUGCGUGGUCAAGAUCUCAAAGUCGGCUCCCCGGAGAAAAUGUGCUGCCUGCAAAAUCGUCGUCCACACUGCCUGCAUGGAGACACUGGAUAAGAUAAGCUUCCGCUGCAAGCCCACGUUUCGAGAGGGGGGUUCUCGAUGUCUGAGGGAUCAGAAUGUCUUGCGGCACCACUGGGUUCAUCGGCGUCGGCAGGAGGGAAAAUGCCGUCAGUGUGGAAAGAGCUUCCAGCAGAAGUUCUUCCACAGCAAAGAGAUCAUCGCCAUCAGCUGCUCCUGGUGCAAGCAGGCAUUCCAUAAUAAGGUGACGUGCUUCAUGCUGCACCAGAUUGAGGAGCCCUGCUCUCUGGGGGCCCACGCAGGGGUCAUCGUGCCUCCGUCCUGGAUCAUUAAAGUCAGGAAACCACAGAGCUCCUUUAAAACUUCCACCAGAAGAAAAAAACGGACGUCGUUUAAACGGAGGACCAGCAAAAAGGGCACCGAUGAGUCAAAAUGGCGUCCGUUCCUGCUGAAGCCGCUGCCCUCACCGCUGAUGAAGCCGGUGCUGGUGUUUGUCAACCCCAAGAGUGGAGGGAACCAGGGCACUAAGUUGCUGCAGAUGUUCAUGUGGAUCUUGAACCCCCGUCAGGUGUUUGAUCUCUCCCAGGGAGGGCCGAGAGAAGCGCUGGAGUUGUACAGGAGAGUGCCAAACCUGCGGAUACUCGCGUGUGGAGGGGAUGGCACGGUGGGAUGGAUCCUUUCUGCUCUGGAUGAGUUGCAGAUGAACCCCCAUCCUCCCGUGGCCGUACUUCCUCUAGGCACAGGAAAUGACCUCGCCCGGACGCUGAACUGGGGCGGGGGCUACACAGAUGAGCCUGUGUCCAAGAUCCUGUGCCAGGUGGAGGACGGGAGCGUGGUGCAGCUGGACCGCUGGAACCUGCGCAUGGAGAGAGCGCCCAGCCAGGCCGAGGCAGAGGAGGGCACCCAAAAGCUUCCACUGAAUGUCUUCAAUAACUACUUUAGUCUGGGGUUUGAUGCCCAUGUUACUCUGGAGUUUCACGAAUCUCGAGAGGCCAACCCAGAGAAAUUUAACAGUCGCUUCCGCAACAAGAUGUUCUAUGCAGGGGCUGCGUUCUCAGACUUCCUGCAGCGGAGCUCCAGGGACCUGUCGAAACACGUCAGGGUCGUGUGUGAUGGUACGGAUCUCACACCCAAGAUUCAGGAACUGAAGUUACAGUGCAUCGUCUUCUUGAACAUUCCCAGGUACUGUGCAGGCACAAUGCCCUGGGGAAACACUGGUGACCACCGUGACUUUGAGCCCCAGCGCCAUGACGACGGCUGCAUUGAGGUGAUUGGCUUCACCAUGGCAACCCUGGCGGCGCUGCAGGUCGGAGGCCACGGUGAGCGGCUGCACCAGUGCCGGGAGGUGAUCCUCACCACCUACAAGACGCUGCCGGUGCAGGUGGACGGGGAGCCGUGCCGAAUGGCCGCCUCCACCCUCCACAUCUCCCUCCGAAACCAGGCCAACAUGGUGCAGAAGAGCAAGAGGCGCACCUCGGUACCCCUGCUGAACGAUAUUCAGAAAGUGUGCUCAGCUGACCUCCGUCGCCUGUCUGCUCCCCCUGACUCCUUCUCUGUUCCCCAUGCUGUGCCGGAUCGCUUGCGUCUGCGUGUGAACCGAAUCACACUGCAGGAGUACGAGAGGCUACAGUUCGACAAAGAUCGGAUCAGAGAUAUUUCUAUCCCAGUGGGCAUUGUGGUGGUACGAGGGGACUGUGAUCUGGAGACAUGCAGACUCUACAUUGACAGGCUGCAGGAGCACUCUGGGCUCUGUUGGCAGGAUUUGCACCAGGCGCCCUCUGCUGGUCGGCGCGUGCAGUGCCAGGAGGAUGGACGCAGCCUGCCCAGGGCCAUCUCUGGACACAGGCUCUCCGCCAACUGGAGCUUCCUGGACUCUACAUCAGCAGAUCGGUUCUAUCGCAUUGAUAAGGCACAGGAGCACCUGCACUUUGUGACUGAGAUCUGUCAGGAUGAAGUGUUCAUCCUGGAUCACGAGGCUCCAGUACUGGGGCCACCAGGGGGCACAGGGAUGCCGGACGUGGUGGUAGAGCCCAGCAGUGGGGUUCCUUUGACAACAGAGGAACAAGGCCUUCUCACUGCGGCAGCCAUCGGAGACAUAUCCACGAUGUCCAACUCCUGGAGCCAGGGGGUGAGUUUGCUGGUGAGGGACUCGGGUGGCUGCUCUGCUCUGCACCUGGCUGCCCAGCACGGCCACUCCGAGGUGGUCAGCUUCAUCCUGACACAUGGUUCUAAGUUGAUUUUGGACCUCACUGAAAGAGAAACAGGAGAGACGGCCCUGCAUAAGGCGGCGUCUCAGAGACACUGCACCGUGUGCCGACUGCUCAUAGACGGCGGCGCCGCUCUCAACAAACCCAACUUCCAGGGGAAGACUCCGAAGGACAAGGCCCAGGAGGCCGGGGACCCCAAGCUGGUGGCCUACCUGGACAGUCACCUCAAGGGCCAGCCGCUUCCACAUGAGGACCUGGAGACGGCCGUGUGACAUGCGUAUGUGUGUGUGGGAGGCCAAGCUGACGCCGGGCGCGAAGCAAAUGGAACUUCGCUGAGGUCAAAGUUCACAAAUGUCAAAAAAAAGGUCACCUUCUCCUCGGCCCUUCCUGAGACGGCAUAAAUAUCUGUCUGUCUGGAGUGUUCUUCUCUCUGAUUUUAACACACACACACACAUACACACACACACAGAGAGAGAGAGAGAGAGAGUGGGGAAAACCAGGAAUGGACACAGGGAUGAGACAUUGUUACAUGUGGACAUACCCUGCUCGGUGUCUCUUCCACAAGACUACUGUGAGCAGGACAGACUCAGCCUUGUCAAGGAUGUUUUUUGCAUUAGUGUAUCUCUACCAUGGCAGUUUGGGGUGUUUUUCUCUUUGACAUGUAUUUAUUGGCUUUUAUUAUUAUUAUUGUUGUUGUUUUUUUUAUUUAUUGAUUGGUUUAUUUAUUGAAUGAUUGAUUGUAAUGGGGGGGGGGACCGUGGGUGUAAUUAUUAGUUUUCCUGUCGGCACACCAGAGUUUGUAAAGUUAGAUGGUUUUCGCAAUCAGGUUGGAUGGGUUUCGCAUUCUUAAUGCAGGGUUAUUGUGGGCUGAAGACCGAGAUCAUGGUGUCACAGCUUUGAGUGUGUGACCUUUUGACCUUCUGACUGGGCCACCUGGAUACAUCCUGUCGUGUGCCAGAGGUGUGGUCCAUAAGCUGAGAAAACAUUGUGGCCCCACACACUGCCCUUCUAUGACCCCCGACCCCUGCCCCUCAAGAAAGAGUAGUUGACUCACACAGGGAUUCUGGGAGAAGCCACACAUAUUCGCAUUCCUUAACACCAAUUCACACAGGAGAAAGGUUGUGGCAUCUGGAACACCAAACAGUGGACUGAGGGGACUAGGGUGCGGACCUGUGUAGUCCUACACACACUCACACUCACAUACACACUCACACACUCACACACUCACACACACACACACACACACACACAAAGACGUUACCGGUGGUAUCCCCAUCAUCCAGUGACUCAUUUCUGACAUAUUCGUGUGUCGAUUUUGAACUGACUGAGAUCAACGCAAACAGCACUGGCAGAUAUCUCUCCAUGCCCAGCUAAAAAAAAAACUCAAGAGUCAAGAAAAUGGCUGACAAGAAGCCAUUUUGGAAACUUGCUUCUUGGAAGCUUCUGGGGGAUGUGUAGCAUUGUGGCUAAGAAUGAAUCCUAUGUGUCUAUAAAGAGAUCUAUGUACAGUACAUUACAUUUGGAUCUGUCAUUUCCUUCGCCUCUGUUCUCUAUGAGUUGUUUUGCGUGUGGUGGUAGUGUGACUGUGACUUAUUUAUCUUUAGAGAGAGAAAAAGAAAAUAGCAGAAAGAAAAAAACAAACUGAGCCACAUUCAAUGCAAUAUGAAUGGAUGACAUUUGUGCAUUUUGUUGGUUUACGUUUACAUUACAUUAAUGUUUUUAAAUGGCCAAAGGAAGUGGUGGGGGGUGGGGGGUCUGGUUGGCCAUGACACACGUCGAAUUUUCCACGUGGGGUUGGAGUCGCUGACUCCGCGGUAUCUUUAAGCAGCAUUCACAAUCCAGUGAAACGGGACCAACAUGGAAGUGGCAACGGAAAAGACAACAUUGACGUGUGCGUGCGACCCAAAAGGGGAUUCCUUUGUAAUGCUCACUCUCACACACACACACACACACACACACACACACACACACACACACACACACACACACACAUAGUUUGGGAGGACGGGAGGAAGGCCGGGGGGCAAAGUCACCCUUCAUUUUUAUUCUGCUUUGGUUUCGUUCGCUUAGUUUUCAACACAGAUCUGUGUUUGAGGUCACUAGCCAGAGAUCUGUUGGUUAAUCUCACCUUCGAGCUGCCAUUCGGGGCCAUGCACCACUCACUUGUCCAGGUCAGUGUUUGCACAGCUGUGAAAGUCAACAAGUACAUGUUCUACCUGCUUCCACCUUCUCUGAAGAGUGAUUUAAAUAUAUAUGACUUGAUCUGAUCUGAUCUGAUGUGCUAUUUUAUAUUUUGAGUCUGAUUAUUAUUUGUGAAUUUUAAGCAUUGUUGUGCACGGGAUUCCGUUACCUCUUCGUUGGUGUAAACUGUUGGCAUUAUUUUCUUUUUUUUAAUAUUUAAUUUAUGAAUUACAAUAGAAUGAUCGUACAUUUUAUUUUGUACAAAGAUGGAGCUACUUGAAUGUUUUAUCUUUUUUUUUUUUUCUUCAACAUUUUUCUUCAAUGUGAACGUUGUGACAUCAUAUUCUCAAGUGGCUGAAUGUCAUGACUGAAAAAGUCAUGUUCACCCCACCUCUUCCUAACAACCAAGUCAUGUGGUCCAGAGAGGCCUUAGCCUAGUCGUGGAGUUACUGACCAAGAAUACUAGAAUAUCAAGUGAAACGCUCCAACAUGUCACCGUGAUCUACAACACAAAAGCCACUUCACUGAAGUCUAUCUAUCUGAAGUCGAAAGGAAAAGAAAGUAAAUAUCACCGGUCAUUGUGGGUUAACACGAUCACACUUGCCUGCAGAAGAAACCUCCACGCUGGUUUCAUGACCAGCUUUGCGUUGCGCUCACCCACCACUGUUUGGUCACCCUCCUAAGAAAUCUGUGAUUCUUUUAGGAAAACUCUCCGUUUACAUUUUUGUUUUCACCUCACAGUUCCAUCAUGAGAAGGAACUGUAUUGUGCCAUAAGUUAUUCAUACUUCUAAAGCGAAACACUGAAGCAGACUCUGACCUGAUCAGAAAACCAAAAAAAAAAAAAAGACCCUCUUCUGGACCUGAAGUUUCAAAUACUUUCCAUUUACUUUGCCAGUGUUAUCAUUCAAUGUUAUUUUGGAUUAAUAUACAAGCAUGCCAGAUUGUACAACUGUAAAAUCUGAACAGGUUUUUAGAAUGACAAUAAAUAACAAUAAAACAUUG